AUGUUCACAAGCAGCAAAUUUGCCGCUGUGUGCCUCACUGUCACGGCGCUCUUCAACGACGUAAACGCUGAGGCGGAGGUCGCUCAGACGUUUGGACUGCUUGGUUCUGGAUACAGAGCUCCUAGUCAUGCGGGACCAUACGGAGCUCCUAGUAAUGCAGGACCUUACGGAGCUUCUAGUGGUGGGGUCUAUGGUGGAGUUGUCGCCAGUGUAAGACCGACCGGGCGUAGUGCUGGUCAUGAUGGACUUGGAGUUGAGAACCUCGGACGGGGUACAGGCGUUGGUAACGCAUACGGCGGCACAAGUUCUGGUGGGGCAUUCGGUCUUGGCGGACCUGCCGGCGGCCGCGUGACCAACAACGUGUACGGUGGAGUCGGCGGAGCAGUCCGACCUGGUGUCGGAGCCACAAACGGUUCUGGAAGGCCUGUGAGUGGCGCCCCCAGUGGAACCGUUGGUGCCGGUGCCAUUGUAAACACCGGUCCUUACGGUGGUGUUGGUGAAAUCACCCGUCCAGAGGCAGGAAAGCCAGCGAACGGAGGUACGAGCGGAAAUGUUGCUGGUGCCACUGAUGACAAGAAGAACACCAUUGUGUAUGGCGGGGUCAGUGGCGCCACUGAUACAGGCGCAGUUGUCACGGAGGGUGCUGAAAAGCCCGUGAGUGACGGCAAGGACGUACCUGCUGUGGUAGCUGGUGACAAGAACGCGGUUCCUGUUGUUGCAGCUGGUGGAGCUGCCGUUCCAGAGGCAGGAAAUCCAGCGAACGGAGGUGCGAGCGGAAACGUUGCUGGUGCCACUGAUGACAAGAAGAACACCAACGUGUAUGGCGGGGUCAAUGGAGCCACUGAUACAAGCGCAGCUGUCACGAAGGGUGCUGAAAAGCCCGUGAGUGACGGCAAGGACGUACCUGCUGUGGUUGCUGGUGACAAGAACGCGGUUCCUGUUGUUGCAGCUGGUGGAGCUGCCGUUCCAGAGGCAGGAAAGCCAGCGAACGGAGGUGCGAGCGGAAACGUUGCUGGUGCCACUGAUGACAAGAAGAACACCAACGUGUAUGGCGGGGUCAAUGGAGCCACUGAUACAAGCGCAGCUGUCACGAAGGGUGCUGAAAAGCCCGUGAGUGACGGCAAGGACGUACCUGCUGUGGUAGCUGGUGACAAGAACGCGGUUCCUGUUGUUGCAGCUGGUGGAGCUGCCGUUCCAGAGGCAGGAAAGCCAGCGAACGGAGGUACGAGCGGAAACGUUGCUGGUGCCACUGAUGACAAGAAGAACACCAACGUGCAUGGCGGGGUCAAUGGAGCCACUGAUACAGGUGCAGUUGUUACGAUAGGCGCCGGAAUGUCCACCACGGACGGGAAAGAUCGCGGUAUCGUGGCUGGCGCUGAUGGGAAGCCAUGCACUGAUGGAGCCGGGGGCGCAAUCGGGUCUGCAGUCAAACCUUCUCCGAUGGUGAAUGGGAACACAAUCUCAGCCAAGCCGCUCAAGAGUGGUGCGAAAGUGGUUUUAAAACCCACGACCGCCAGCCCGUACAAUGGUCGCGUCGGAGGCGUGACGCAACGGGCGUACCGCAAGCUUCGAUCGUUGUAA